AUGCGACAGUGGACCCAACCAGCCGUCUAUUCACCCAGUCUCUCAACCCUGGAGUACGUAGGAGGAGAAGCAUCGGAACGGAGAGCAGAAGACACGCCAUCGCCAUCUCAGGACGACACCAGUCUGUUACGAUCAGAAAAGGGAUACCAAUUACCGUGGCGGUGGGCUGGACCGCUGAAGGUCUUUGCUCUCAUUUUCGCAGUGAUCUUUGUGGCGUGGGCAGCACAGCACUUCAUCGAAGUGGCACUCUACUCAGACGACUUCAAGAUCGAAUUCCGCCGUUACGAUACGCACGGAAAAUGCAAUGGCACGGGCCCAUUCAGUCAUCAGAUUGGUCACGACGAUUACCUGCACAAUACAACAUGCAAAACCUGGAUUUCCUCACAGGAUAUCCCUUUCACUACCCUUUUCUACAGCCCAGUUGAUGACUCUGGAUUUAUGAAGAAGGUGCAAUGGCUGCCCAACGGCUUUGUUGGAUUGGUGGGUCUUAUCAAUGGCACGAGGGAGACAGGCUUCUGGAGAUGGCAAGGUUGCACAAUUACUGUCUACGCCGAGAAGAGGUGUCAUGGCCAGAGUGUAACGCUCGAUGGCGUUGCAGAUCUCGGGAAAUGUAUCACUUUAAAGGAAGGAUGGCAAGGACGAAGUGUGCAGGUGGCAUGCCCGAUGCAGAGGAUACCGGUAGCGGAGGUAAUCUUGGGAUUUUUCGGUUUGAUUGACGAUGGUAGCUGA